AUGCCAAGAAGGCGAGGACCCAGUUGGAGACUGGCUGUGCUCAGAGCUAUCACCCUGGUAUUGGAUCAUGAGGAUUCACUUGGUGACCGCGAUGGUGGAGGUGUUCAUCGCAUGCGCGCAGAGAAACACAAGAAAAACCAGAUGGUCGUCUCCAUUGAUGUUCGCCUAGCCGGGGUGAUGUACCAAAACCGACUGGCAGAACGGCUGGCGCGGGAAAUAGGGGCCAUUAAGUCUUGGAACGGUCGACAGGUGAGCAGUCAGCCACGUCCGCGAGACGAAGCUGGGAGACCCAAGCCUUCGAGGUUGACGAGUUCCCACCUGCCAGCUGGCCGGCAAGGACAGGCCUCGCUCGUCGGCAAGAUGUUCAGUUCCGAGUCAGCGAAGAGACCGAAGCUACGUAGUAGAGAAGAGUCUCAGCUUACUUAA